AUGGGGCCAAAGUUCCUGACCUCGGGGCAGCGCGACGUCAUGGUGGGCCUUAACAUUUUGUUUCUCAUCCUUACCUUCACCGCUGUGGGUGGUAGACUGCUUUCAAGACGCUUGAUCAAGCAGAAGCUUGGCGCAGAUGACUGGAUAUGUGUGGGCGCACUGGUGCUAUUUGUUGGCAUGGAGACUCUGCAAAUCUUGAUUGCGGAUUUCAGCAUUGGAAUGGGAGCGUUCACCGUCGGCAGAUUGAAGCGCAACGGCGGUCUCAGAUUCGGAAGUCAGCUUACGUACGGCCUGGUGACGACCGUCGCGAAGCUUUCAAUAUUAUUUCUGUACAAGCGCGUCUUUAAUCUGCGGGUCAGAUGGUUCAAGAUCGCCUGGUGGAUGUGCUUUGCUCUAUCCAUGGCGAACGGGUUUACCUUGGUCAUCAUAAGCUUGACGUCUUGUGCUCCUCAUGGUCCCAGUAACUUAUGGAACCAUCCACAGUAUUGCAGAUUCGAGAUUGCUUCACCCACUGCGAUGGGCGCUAUCAACGCGGUGAUCGAUUUCGCACUUCUAGUCCUCCCUAUUCGCAUGACGUGGACUCUGCAAAUGUCGAUAAAACAGAAGGUUGCAAUAUCGAGCGUCUUCGGACUGGGCUUGCUUGGUGUCGUUGUCAGUAUUGCGCGUACAAUAUCAAUCGCUAACCCUUCCCUAUUCACGUACGGGAUUCUUAGCUUCGCACUGUGGUCAGCAGCCGAGUGCGCGGUUGGUAUCAUUUGCGCUUGUCUUCCGGUCAUGCGACCACUUUUCAUCUCGAUCACCAAAGCCCUCCCGUCAAGCACAGAUUGGCGCAGCUGGAGCUGGUCGUCCAGGUCACGGAGAAGUGCUUCAGAUUCGGAGAAGACACUUACAAAUAACUCCUCCACAGGAGGCCUUGGGAAAAGCGUGCGCAGUUGUGACAGCCUACAAAAGCAUGGCUUUGGCAGAGUUCGUACGACGGUAGAGGCUGUCAAGACACGCUCACCACUUCCCGUGUACUCACCAGGUUCGAAACAACAGCGCAACAAUCACAUUGGGAAUUAUGCUAAGCUGGCAAGAGAUAGAGGCCUUGAGAGGCAAUACUCAGAGCGACCAGAUAUAGGUGGGAAGCAGGGUAGUAAGGGUACCCGGGCAAGUUCGCAGGCUCACAUCUGUUCUCGCUGCCAAGGUGAAAUAAAGGGAGGAUGGGAAUGA